AGAGAGAGAGAGAGAGAGAUGUCUGGUUGGGAUGAAGGAGAAAUCUUCUACAGUGACCAAGCUCAGUUCCCCCACGGCGGAGGCGGCGGCGGCGGAGGCCCGGAACAGGGGGUGAGUCGGCACACGAUUCUCCGGAAGUUCAAAGAGUUCAUUAGAAAUUUCGAAAGCAAAAAUGUGUUCCCGUACAGAGAAGCUUUGCUUCAAAACCCUAAAUACCUCCUCGUCAACCUCGCAGACCUCCUCAAGUACGACAAAGAUCAAGAAGAUCUCGGCAAACUGCUCCGGGAGAACCCCGCCGAUUACCUGCCCCUGUUUGAAACUGCGGCGACUGAAGUUCUUGCAAGUUUGAGAUCAAGAGUUAUUGGAGAUACAGGUGAACUGGAGGAGCCAGAGACCGGGGAGGUGCAGAUUUUGUUGAAGUCAGAACAAGAUUCAUUGUCAAUGCGAUUGCUUGGGGCACAUUACAUAUCAAAAUUGGUUAAGAUAUCUGGGAUUACUAUUGCUGCAUCAAGAACUAAGGCAAAGGCAACUUAUGUGACAUUGUUGUGUAAGAAUUGUAAGAAUGUGAAGCUUGUUCCAUGCCGUCCUGGGCUUGGAGGGGCGGUUGUGCCACGUUCCUGUGAUCACAUGCCCCAGCCUGGGGAGGAACCAUGUCCUAUUGAUCCAUGGAUUGUCGUACCGGAUAAAAGCAAGUAUGUCGACCAGCAGACCCUCAAGUUGCAGGAGAAUCCUGAGGAUGUCCCUACUGGGGAGCUACCUAGAAACAUGCUUUUAUCCAUUGAUCGUCAUCUAGUGCAAACAAUUGUACCUGGCACAAGAUUGACCAUAAUGGGGAUCUACAGUAUAUUUCAAGCUGCGAAUUCAUCCACAUCUCACAAAGGUGCAGUUGCAGUUAGACAGCCUUAUGUUAGAGUUGUUGGAAUAGAGGAGACUAAUGAGGCUAAUUCUAGGGGUCCUGCCAACUUCACCGUAGAUGAGAAUUUUGCUAAUAUGCAGAUAGAAGAAUUCAAAAAGUUUGCAUCAGAUAAUAAUGCCUAUGAAAACAUAUGCUCCAAGAUUGCUCCCUCUAUAUUUGGCCACGAUGAUGUGAAGAAGGCUGUGGCUUGUCUUUUAUUUGGCGGAUCGAGGAAGAUUUUGCCCGAUGGUGUGAAAUUAAGAGGUGACAUUAAUGUAUUGCUCUUGGGGGACCCCUCUACUGCUAAAUCACAGUUCCUCAAGUUCGUCGAGAAGACAGCUCCCGUAGCAGUAUAUACUUCUGGGAAAGGCUCAUCAGCCGCUGGUCUUACAGCUUCUGUGAUUCAAGAUAAUAGCUCACGGGAGUUUUAUCUAGAAGGAGGAGCCAUGGUUUUGGCUGAUGGAGGUGUCGUCUGCAUAGAUGAAUUUGACAAAAUGAGGGCAGAAGACAGAGUUGCAAUUCAUGAAGCCAUGGAGCAGCAAACCAUUUCCAUUGCCAAAGCUGGAAUAACAACUGUUCUCAAUUCUAGAACCUCUGUGCUAGCAGCAGCUAACCCUCCAUCAGGACGUUACGAUGAUCUCAAGACUGCUCAGGAUAACAUUGAUUUGCAGACGACAAUUCUAUCGAGAUUUGAUCUAAUUUUCAUUGUGAAAGAUGUCAGGAUGUACAGUCAAGACAAGAAUAUUGCCAGUCAUAUCAUCAAACUUCAUGCAUCUGCUCAUGCAGCCAAUGGUGAAACUAGAACCUAUAUAGAAGAUAACUGGCUGAAAAGGUAUAUACAUUACUGUCGAACUGUAUGUCACCCCCGUCUAUCAGAUUCUGCUGCCACCAUGCUGCAGGAGAGCUAUGUCAAAAUUAGACAGGACAUGAGACGGCAGGCAAAUGAAACUGGGGAGGCUGCUGCAAUACCGAUCACCGUGAGGCAGCUGGAAGCUGUAGUGAGGUUGAGUGAGGCACUUGCAAAAAUGAGACU